AUGUCUGCAGCAGGCUCCUCGAGGAUUCAAAUCGGCAAUAACCCCACAAUUCACCACACGACAAACAACUACUCCCAAGAUGGUGACGCGAAGUACCUGGCGGCAUUGUGCUCCACCGAUCCUCGCCACGACAAGAUUCGCAUCGAACAGACCAACGGUGGCUUGUUGAAGGACUCGUACCGCUGGGUCCUGCAGAAUCCCGACUAUCAGCGCUGGCGUGACCCAGCCGGGAGCUGGCCUCUCCUUUGGAUAAGGGGCGACGCUGGCAAGGGAAAGACAAUGUUGCUCUCAGGCAUCAUUGAUGAACUGCAAUCGUUCACGAGAUUUGCGGAUCCGACCAGUCAUACAUCGCUAUCCUAUUUCUUCUGUCAGGCAACCAACCCGGGCCUCAACAACGCUACGGCGGUUCUACGAGGCCUUGUCUAUCUCCUUGUGGAUCAACAAAGGUGCCUCCUCUCACAUGUACGCGACAAAACAUCCAUAGGACCUGAGCACUGGAACUCGGGAGUGGCCAUCAGAGAUAUUCUUUCCAAAAUCUUGGAAGAUCCAGCCCUUCGAAACACUAUCUUGGUCGUCGACGCUUUGGAUGAGUGUGUUACAGACCUAGAGUUUCUUCUCCAGGUUGUCAUUUCAACGUCGUCUCCAAAAGUCAGAUGGCUUGUUAGCAGCCGCAACAUCAGCGAGAUUGAACAACAUCUGGGCCAGGCUCAAACAAGAGUUGCAUUGUCUCUGGAGCUCAAUGCGGAAUCAGUGUCCCAGGCUGUCAACUCCUAUAUUCAGCAUCGAGUACACCAAUUGGGUGCUAGCAAAGGAUUUAGAAGCGACGACCUGAAGUUUGCAGAAGACCACUUGUCCCACAAUGCGCAUGGCACUUUUUUGUGGGUUGCGUUGGUUUGUCAACAACUUGAGAAGAGCGAACCUUGGGAGGUUAGGGCCUACCUCGAGCUCUUCCCCGUGGGCCUAAACCGGUUGUACGAAAGAAUGAUGGAUCUGAUCUGCUCUCCAGUCAGCUCGGGUCUCUACAUGAGGAUUCUUGCCAUCAUUUGCACCGUUUUCCGCCCAAUCACCUUGUCGGAGCUCAUGGCAAUCGAGGAUCUACCCGGAGAUGAAGAGAUGCUCCCUAAGAUGAUAAUGAAGUGCGGCUGUUUCCUGACCGUCAGAGACAAGGUCGUUUAUUUUGUUCACCAGUCAGCGAAGGACUUUUUACUCAAGCAACAGGGUGCACUUUUCCCCGCUGGUCUCCCCCGACAUCAUCUAGAUCUCUUUCACAAGUCUCUCAAAGGCCUUGAAAUCCUUAAAAUGGAUAUAUAUGACCUGGUCCACCCUUCUGUGUCAGUGGAAGAGGCUCUUCUUAACCGCCCCGAGCCUGAUCCUUUGUCUGGCCUGGCCUACUUCUGCCAGUUUUGGGCCCAUCACCUACGCGAUGCCCUCCUUGCCCCCGCUCAAGACGCAUCACACUGCAACGCAACCCAUCAGUUCAUUGCUCGCAAACUUUUGUUCUGGCUGGAGGCACUCAGCCUUUAUCGUAACUUGCCAGCAGCGAUGGUGGCUUUGCAAAUUCUCCAGAACCUGCCACUGAGCUCCGACACGGCGGCGCUUGUUGAGGAUUCUUGCCGGUUUUUUCUCUACUUCCGGCCGGUUAUUGAAGUGCAUCCCCUCCAAAUAUACAUGUCCGGUCUCCUCUUCAGCCCAGAGGAAAGCUUAAUACGUCGCCACUUUGAACAAUACAGCCCAAAGUAUGUGGUGGCAAAGCCCCAAGCGGGAAAGCAAUGGCGUCCAUAUUUGUGGGCUUUCGAGCUUGGACGCGACAGCUAUCUUCCUUCUUUGACAUUUUCCCCAAACGGCGGGUCCUUGUUCGUCUCGGCCCGUUUUGAGGACUCAGGGGGACUGAGGGAACUUUCGGUCAGCGAUGGCAAGAUGCAAAUGUGUUUGACCUGUCCUCACUUAAGGCGAAUGACACUGUCGCCAGACUUGAAGUGGUAUGCUGGCGUUGCCAUAACCGAAGACGGUAUGUACCUUCAGGUCUACCAUCUUACUUCAAACAGUCUCAAGUGGACUGCUAAACUUGACGACCGUCAAGUUAGGGGCCUCAAAUUUUCUCCCAACAGUCAGCAGUUGGCAGUCUUCUUCUGCAACGAAUUUGUCCUUUGGGAUGUUGAACAGCGCAGCUUUCAAAAGUGGACCUUUGACAUUUCUCUUGACUAUUCUGACUUUGUGGAGAUCGAAUUUUCCUCGGACGGCGUUCUGGUGACAUUUUUUGAAGCUUUUUCGGACGCCGUUGCCGAUAUUCUUGUUCUUCAGAUCAACAUCCUCACGGGGAUCCAGUGCUCAAUCUCUCCUACAUGGGGAAUGACUUUUACUCCGAAGGGCACUUUUCUUGCGGGCUUUCCCCCCAACUCCCACCGACUCAUGAUGUGCACCAGGGACGAGAUAUGGGUUUCGGAUAUUGCCAAAAGAAAGGGGAAAAAAGAGUUUCUCAUUCGCCAUUUCCUUGAUGACGACUGCUACUAUAUGGGAGGGAGGAACGGAAGGUAUUACGACAAGUUGAGCUAUCAUCAAAUCUUCCUCCUCUCUCGAUAG